AUGCGUAAGUGCAAAGUUUUUGUUGGUAACUCUCAUCCUGAACUAGGAAAUCUAGUUUGUCAGAGAUUAGGCAUUGAGCCUGCCCCAUGCACUCUAAAAAAGUUUGCUAAUGGUGAAACCUCCGUCCAAAUUGGUGUUUCGGUUAGAGACGAGGAUGUCUACGUGAUUCAAUCUGGGUCCCCAAAUAUUAACGACCACAUUAUGGAACUCUUGAUUUUAGUUUCGGCCUGCAGAGGUGGGUCGGCUAAGAAAAUUACUGCUGUUAUCCCUCAAUUCCCGUACUCCAAGCAAUGUAAAAUGAAGAAACAUAGAGGUGCCAUUACCGCUAGAAUGUUGGCUAAUCUUUUGGUCAUGGCGGGAGCCGAUCACGUUGUCUCAAUGGAUCUUCAUGCAUCACAAAUGCAAGGUUUCUUCACUAAACCAGUUGACAAUUUAUAUGGUGGUCCAAGUUUAGCUAACUGGAUCAGAGAAAAUGUUGAAAACUAUGAGGAAGCUGUGGUAGUUUCAAAAAAUCCAGGUGGAACAAAAAGAGUCACUGCUUUAGCUGACGUCUUGAAGAUUAACUUUGCCAUGAUUCACACUGAUCGUCGUCGUGCCAAGGAUCUUUAUUCCCAACAUAGGGAUAUGAAGCAACUGAGACAAAGAAAGCAAUCUUUGUUGAGGAAGAACAAACCAAUUAUUAGACAAGGUGAUGACCCUGAUGAAGAAGAAAAUAUCAUUUUGACUAAUGGUAUCCAAACCGCAAGAAUUAGGAACGGUCAUGUUAUUGGCGAUGAUGAAGAAGAUUUCAUUCCUGAAUCUGCAGAUGAAGUUGCUAUGGAGUCUGAUGCAGAAGACGCUUCUGUUACUGACACGUAUGGUUUGGGGGGUACUUACGAUGCCGUUGAUUCUGAGGAUGAGGAAGAAGUUUCGGAAGCAGUUAAGGAGAAACUUAUUACUUUAGUCGGUAAUGUCAACAACCGUUCCGCUAUUAUAUUAGAUGACAUGAUCGAUAGGCCAGGUUCUUUGAUUAGUGCAGCUGAGCAUCUUGUCAAGAACUGUGGGGCAAAGAAGGUCUAUGUUGUCGCUACGCAUGGUCUGUUUACCGGUAACUGUUUGGAAGAAUUGGAAGAGUCUGAAGUAAUUGAUAAGAUUGUUGUCACCAAUACAUAUCCAAUCUCCAACGACCGUAUAGAAAAAUCGGAAAAGCUGGUUGUUAUUGAUGUUUCAGCCAUCUUUGCUGAAUGUAUUCGCCGUGAUCACUAUGGUGAGAGUAUUUCCGUGCUUUUUGAUUCUUUAUCUACCCUUUAG